UUUUUUUUUUUCAAGCAAAAAGUUCAUUUGUAUAUUUCUCCUAUUACUGUUACACAUACUUUUUAUUAUUCUCUUCUUUUUUUGUUUCGUUGUUUGUUUUAUUUGUUAUUAUUAUUUUUAUUCUUAAUUACUAUUUGAUGUACGAACAAAAUGAAUCAUCUAAUAACAAUAACAGGCUGCCUGUUACUAAUGUGUCAGAUUACUUGGAUGCAUCGAUACCACCUCGUCGGAAAAGCAGUUCUGCUACCAGUAAUUCAAGUCAUAAUUCGUUUACUCAAAGACUCAUUGAUCGUGGGGUUACUGUACCAUCAUCUUUUUCCAACUGGAAUGAUAGAGAUCGAAACAUUCCUGAAGAUUUGGUUUCAUCAGGCUCUGUAGAAAGCCAUUAUGGCAUGUCUCCAUUCAUUACGCCCUCCUUUAGUAUCGACCAUGACACUGAGCAACAACCUCUCUAUUAUAAGUCAUUAAGACAUAGAUAUGAAAGAGAAAAAAUGCUAUCAUUGUCUUCACUUGGAACAAGUAGCGCUCGAAUUUUGACAACAGAUGAAGAAGAAGAGCUUAGCUCACCCAACUACCUGCAAAAUAAACUGAAGCAGCAAAAACAAAAGAAAAAUGAAGACAGUGAUAUUGAGUUAUCAGACGAGGAACAAGAGACGGCUAAUAAUAAUAAGUUAAUCUUACCCUUAAGGAAGCGAGUGACGAGACGAUCACAUUCACCACUAUCCGAUCCACCAGCAACUACUAUUGAACCGGGUAAUAAUAUCUCUAACCUCAUAGAAACAGAAAGCUAUGACAACAUUCAAUGUCACCCGACUAUGUCAGACACUAAUGAACGUGUCAAAUUAUUAGUCACAAAACCGUUACCAACGUUUACAAAGCCUUUGCCAAUACCACCACGAUAUCAUUUAUUGCAAACACCUGUCUUUCAAGUGGUUAAUGCUAACACAGUGAAAGACCGCUAUUUAUUUUUAUUCAGCGACUUACUUUUGAUAUGUAAACCAAUUAUGGACGAAAAUAUCAUUGUUAAUAACAGUACACAAAUGGAGCGCAAUAGGUAUCGAUUCCGACCCAACCAAAAUUCUUUAUUUCAAGUUAAAAAUAUUGUUCAACUAGGCCAUUUAACGUUAUAUAUUUCUAAAGAAGAAUAUUAUAACCAACAAGUCCUAAAAGAGCAGGAAAAAUACCCAACUGUUCAACUAGAUAAAGAAGGACGACCCAUUCUACCACCUGCACGCAAGAUACAUCCUAUUCUAGCUUCUGCUUUACGUAAAUUUGAAUUAAACGCCAAUUUGGGUAUUCAUUAUUUGAUUGAUAAGGAUAUCUUAACAAACGAUCCAUUAAGCAUAGCUAACUUUUUGUUCAAAACGCCUGACCUUAACCGACGACAAUUGGGUUAUUAUCUGGCAAUGGAAUCAUCACAAGAUAUCUAUGAUGCCUUUCUUGAAUGUUUCCGUUUAAUUGGUUUAAGGCUCGAUGAAGCAUUACGAAUUUUGUUAACCACAUUUCGAUUACCUAGCCAUUGGGAAUCACUUGAAUAUCUAAUUGAAAGAUUUGCGAAAAAAUGGCAUGACGCUAACCAGAAUGUGAUCAAGUUUCAUGAAGAUAUGGUAGUGAAGGUAGUGGUAGCUAUGUUGUUUUUGAAUGCAGAGUAUUGGUAUGAUGCAAGUUCAGAGAAAGAUGUGUUUUGGUAUGCAAGAGAAGUCAAAGAACGACAAGAUGGUGAACAGCAAAGACGAGGACGGAUGGGAACAAUGCCUCAUACAAAAGAUAGCACAGUUACAAAUGCACCUUUACAUUACAUUAUGUCAAUGAGAGCUCGUGGACAGACAACAAAGCCGACACUUACAGAAUUUUUAGAUCGAUGGAAUUACUAUGAUCAGUAUCAUUUAGUACCGCGUGAGUUUAUGGAGGAAAUGUAUAGAUCAAUUAAGGAAGAAAGACUCGAGACAGGAUGGGACAACAAGAUGGGAAAGCAUGGUGGUCAGCAGCAAGAUGUGGUAAUUACCGUUAUUCCACAUCGAUUACCUUCUAGGCUGACAAAGGGUAUACCAUCAAAUCCGAUUACUAUUACCAUUCCAAAGCCCGAUAAAGGCCUACAAAUUAAAUUGAGAGGACAAGAUUUGGUAUUUGAGCCUAACGUUUUGGAUUUUUCAACUUCAUGUAUACAAACGUUUAGGAUAACAGGCUAUACGCUGGGACGUACAUCCUUAAUGUUUAUUAAGACAGGAGAAAAUGCAGGCAACUAUGUAAGUCCUACAUUACCACGUACUAAAAGUGUGGUAGUAGAAAGGCCAUUUAUGAGAUACACAUUUCAAAUUGGCUUUCCACAACAGCAAGAUAUAAAAAAAUUAACGAUAGAACCUAAUAAGAUAGAAGACAAGAAAAAGACAAAAGAAGUACCACAACGUAAAUAUACAUUUAGUGUGGAGACAGAUGAGGAACGACAUGAGUGGGUAGAGGCUCUAAAAAAAUUAAGUGGACAUAUGAAUGAGGAGCGUAAUGAAGCUAGUUUAGAGGCGCUUAAAAAGAUGAGUCCUGAGGCACGAGUCGCAUUACAGGUUUUGAAAGAAGUAUUGUUAGCAGAUGAGGUCAAAAAGGGAACGAUAAGAUCUACUGACGCAAUAGGAGACAAGGAAAAUAAUUCAGUAUAUGAAAGACAUGGGCAGACAAUGCGAUUAUUAUUACCAACCAAGAAGAAAGAAGAUCGAAAGUCAGUAUUGACAGCCGCAACAACAACAACGACAAAUGUAGUAACCAAAAGAGGACAUGAAAUUGUUAAAUUGGUUGUACAAAAUUCAAUGGUACCACUUGUUUUAGGUUUUCUUAAAAGUCAACUAUCCACUGCUACUUGUAAUAAAAGCUUGCAAUAAAAGAUAUAAUAGCAUUGUAUCAUUGCUUUAUUCCUUAUUUUAUCUUAUUUUAUUUUAUUUUUUUAUUUUAUUUUAUUUUUUU